AUCAUCGCUGUUCAUAACAAAACAGCUGUUCACCAAAAUAGUUCCCGCACGUGUGCCACUCUUUUAUUUUUAUUGUUUACAUUUUUUAAGGCAUUACAUCUAAAAAUGGGUAAGCACAAGAAAACACAAAAGGUCAAGAAACAGCGAAAUUCGCAACUAAAACGCUUGAUGAAGCCAACGGAUGCCCGGAUCAAAGACCAGAUUCGUGUAAAAAGGAAGAAAGUCGAGGAUCCUCAGAAGAUUAAGUUGCAUCAGGCUACCCAGCAGAGCUCUGCCUUAUUUUUCCAGUACAACACCCAGUUGGGCCCGCCGUACCACAUCGUUUUGGACACAAACUUUAUCAACUUCAGCAUCAAGAACAAACUGGACAUUGUGCAGGGAAUGAUGGACUGCCUGUAUGCGAAGUGCAUACCCUAUAUCUCUGACUGCGUGCGAGCCGAGCUGGAGAAGCUAGGCAACAAGUACAAGCUGGCCCUGCGCAUCAUCUCUGAUCCUCGAUUUGAGCGUCUGCCCUGUUUGCACAAGGGCACCUACGCGGAUGACUGCCUGGUGGAGCGGGUGCGCCAGCACAAGUGCUACAUCGUGGCCACAAACGAUAAGGACCUGAAGAAUCGUAUUCGAAAGAUUCCUGGUGUACCAAUUAUGUACGUAGCGGCGCACAAGUACGCAAUUGAGCGUAUGCCCGAGGCGUACGGAGUGAAGGCGUAGAUCAUUUGAUUAUCUAUCAUAAGUGUAAUUUUUUAAAUAUAAAUGUAAUUUAAGCGA